CGACCUGUUUUGUCCGAGAGAGGGAGAAAGAGAAGGAAACGGCAAAGCUUGUGUGCGCACACACUGCGGCGUCGCUCUCUGCACAAGGCAAAGCGAAGGCGAAUUAGCAGCUGAGUUUUCUUGAGAGAGAGAGAGAGAGAGAGAGAGAGAGAGAGGGGACGGUGAAACGAGUGAGAGAUCAGCAUGGGUUGGAUCGGCGAGACCGUGGACUCUAUUCGGAGUAUUCAGAUCCGUCAGCUCCUCACUCAGGCCGUCAGUCUUGGCAUGAUUGUCACAUCUGCACUAAUUAUAUGGAAGGCUUUGAUGUGCAUCACUGGCAGUGAAUCUCCCGUUGUUGUUGUUCUCUCUGGGAGCAUGGAACCAGGGUUUAAGAGGGGAGAUAUAUUGUUCUUGCACAUGAGUAAGGAUCCUAUUCGAGCUGGAGAAAUUGUUGUUUUUAAUAUCGAUGGCCGUGAAAUUCCGAUUGUGCAUCGUGUAAUAAAGGUACAUGAACGCCAAGAUACUGGAGAGGUUGAUGUCCUCACAAAAGGUGACAACAAUUAUGGAGAUGACAGGCUCUUAUAUGCUCAUGGGCAGCUGUGGCUUCAGCGGCACCACAUUAUGGGAAGAGCUGUUGGGUUCUUACCUUAUGUUGGUUGGGUUACCAUCAUAAUGACUGAGAAACCUGUAAUCAAGUAUAUACUUAUUGGUGCGCUAGGGCUGCUUGUAAUCACUUCAAAGGACUGAUGGAGCCUGUGUUCUGGGAUUUGUGACGCGAAGGACAAUCAAUGCCUCCGGCUGUCAUACUAUUGGGUUUCAAUUUUCCUUGUAUCUUGGUAGUUUGACAAAAGAGCGGAUCUCAAUAUAAAAACAGAAAGCAGAGUCUUAAGGAUUUUGAUUUUCAUGAUUGACUUUUGUUGCAGCCAUUAGUCCCAUAUUUAAGUGGAUAUUUUCCAUAUUGAUGACGGAUGACUCUUCUCAGCA